AUGGGCUUAUGUUUAUCUGCAGAAGAAAAAGAAUCGCGAUUACGGAGUCAACAAAUUGAUAAACAGAUUGAAGAAGACAGCCGAAAAUUCAAGAAAGAAUGUAAAAUUCUUUUGUUAGGGUCAGGUGAAUCUGGAAAAUCGACGAUAGUUAAACAAAUGAAAAUAAUACAUCAGAAUGGUUAUUCCAAAGAAGAGCUAGCGCUUUAUCGGAUAACAGUUUAUAAAAACCUCAUUGAUUCAGCGCAAGCAAUUGUUAACGCUAUUAAAAAAUUUCGAUUAGAGCCUAAGAAGACAAUAAACAGAGUUUAUAUCGAUAGAAUUAUGGAAUAUAAUGUAGAAUCUGACCCUGCUUUUCAACUAAGUCCAGAAAUAGUUGUAGCCAUAGAUUCUGUAUGGGAUGAUCCGAUAAUAGCAGAAGUUCUUGAAAAGCAAAAUCAUUUCUAUCUGAUGGAUUCUGCACCUUACUUUUUUGAUGCAGUAAAGCGAAUUGGGACUCAGGGUUAUAUUCCAGAUGAAGCUGACGUGCUUAGGGCGCGAACUAAAACUACAGGAAUAUCUGAAACAAGAUUUAACAUGGGGGGCCAAAGGUCAGAACGAAAAAAAUGGAUUCAUUGUUUUGAAGCCGUGACUUCUAUUAUUUUUUGUGUCGCUCUCAGCGAAUACGAUCAAGUUCUUUUGGAAGAAGCAGGCCAGAAUCGAAUGAAAGAAAGCCUCAUACUAUUUGAAUCUGUAAUUAAUAGCCGAUGGUUUUUGCGAACAUCUAUCAUUUUGUUUCUCAACAAAAUCGAUUUAUUUAAAACCAAGGUACCCCGAGUACCUCUCAAAGAUUAUUUUCCCGAAUAUUUAGGAGGUGCUGACGUUAAUAAAGCCGCAAAGUAUAUAUUAUGGAGAUUUACCCAAACUAAUCGUGCCAGACUAAACAUAUACCCACAUCUCACACAAGCGACCGAUACAUCGAACGUAAGUAAAUUACGGACAUUCCUUUAA